AUAGUAGUAGAAGAGAAGAGGAGAGGAGAGGAGAGGAGAGGCUUGAUUGAUUGAUUGGUAAUCCGGAUCGAAAAUCCCAUUCCCACCAUGGGCAAGUGCUACCCGACGGUGAGCGAGGAGUACCUGGCGGCCGUCGCCAAGGCCAAGCGCAAGCUCCGCGGCCUCAUCGCCGAGAAGAACUGCGCCCCCCUCAUGCUCCGCCUCGCCUGGCACUCCGCUGGAACUUUCGAUGUCUCCUCCAGGACCGGCGGCCCCUUCGGCACCAUGAAGAACCCCGCCGAGCAGGCGCACGCCGCCAACGCCGGUCUCGACAUCGCCGUCAGGCUGCUUGAACCCAUCAAGGAGCAACUUCCCCUUCUCUCCUAUGCCGACUUCUACCAGCUUGCUGGCGUUGUGGCCGUCGAGGUGACUGGCGGGCCUGAGGUUCCCUUCCAUCCCGGCAGGCAGGACAAGCCUGAGCCUCCUCCAGAAGGCCGUCUUCCUGAUGCAACCCAAGGUUCUGACCACCUCAGGCAGGUCUUUUCCACGCAGAUGGGUUUGAGUGACAAGGACAUAGUUGCUCUUUCUGGUGGCCACACCCUGGGAAGAUGCCACAAGGAGAGAUCUGGCUUUGAGGGAGCCUGGACAUCCAACCCUUUGAUCUUUGACAACUCUUAUUUCACGGAGCUUGUGAGCGGUGAGAAGGAAGGCCUUCUUCAGCUGCCAAGCGACAAAGCCCUCAUGGCUGACCCAGCCUUCCGUCCACUGGUUGAGAAAUACGCCGCGGAUGAGGACACCUUUUUUGCGGAUUACGCCGAGGCCCACCUCAAGCUCUCUGAAUUGGGAUUUGCCGAGGAAUAAGAAGUGUUUAGAGAGCGGGAUAUCUGCACCAGAUUAUUGCUGAUUUGUAUUUUGCGCCUAGAGUCAGUACGACUAAAGACUGUCGUGGUGGUUGUAAUAAAAUUAGUCUGCAUUGUUGGGCCAUCUUUUAUGUGAUUUCAAUUGUCCUCUUUAUUCUUUCUUGCUUUGAUGGCUCUGUGUCUGGACGUCUAGGGGUACUGUACUAUGGAGUUCCACAGUCCUCUAGCUAUUUCCUGUCAACAUAACUAUGGUCUGGCUUGAAUUUCUAUUGAUGGAUGAAUCAACUGUGUAUGGCCUUUUUUUCUGC